AUGUCAGCAUCUCAAUUGCCUGGUGGUGAAUGCGCAAGCAUUCUUGAUAGUAGCGUCAACAAGAAGAACACAGCCAAAUCCACAUGUCUGAAUGGGUUAAUCUUGGCUCCUCUUGUGGAACAGUACCUGUUCCACAAUUCUCAGCUACCGCAACCCCAUGUGCUUGUCUUGGAGUUCAACAUUUUGAACCUGAAAGAUGAUCUGGGAAAUCCACUACAAACAUCCUCUCUAGACAACUUAAGGAUAAUGGCAACAUCCCAAGAGCAUGGCUCAGCGCUGAGAGAAGCCAUUGAACACCUUUUCCAAUACACCUUAUGGCCUGCCAAAGGUAUGAGAGGUGCGAAGCACAACCGUGACGCCCUUGCUAAAACUUUAAGCCAAGCUGCCAAUCUUGUGUUCAUCACAUCGGGUAAAAGUUGCAUCAUCAAACAGAUUGGAGACCAGCUUACGCAAGUAAAACGUAAAGUCAUGGGCAAAACAGGAAAGAACACAAAGAAGUCACCACAAUCACAUAGCCAGCAUCCCUUAACCUUCCUUACCAACGCCCCACCAACCCACAAUCAAGCCUUCACACCUGAUCCAGCUGUCAACUACCUUAAACCCUCACCUCCUUGCAACCAAUUGAACUUCAAUGAAAUAUCCGGAGACGAUCUUGUAGGUUUUGGCACACUUGUAUCUGAUCAUUUCUUUGCCCCUCAAGACCGCAUACCUACUGGAUCCAUGGAUGCCACAUUAGGUGAAAUCUUCUACAGCUUUAAACGGUCUGUUUGA